CCUCCUUCCAAGAACCAAGAACCAAGAACCACACAAGCCCGUUCCACACCUCCAAACUCAAAACCCCACACCAUAGCACCCAGCUUACCAACCCUCCAAAAGAACUGCUUACUCCGUACAUUCCAUCCGUAUCUCCGACCAUCCGCGAGGUCGUCAAAAAGCCCAAUUCGCGCACGAUUUCUCUGUAGACUUUCCAUUCGUGUUUUCUUGAAUCGUUCUAUCAAAGAAGGAGUUGAAUAAGUUACACAAUCCCUGCAACAAGACCCCGCAAUUGCAUCACCACAACACCACAACACUACAACCACGAACCGAAGGAAAAGAAAACAGAGAAAGGAAAGAGAGAAAGAUAGUUGAGGAAAUUACAAUACCGCAAAAAUGGGAAUCACUCACCUCGUAAUCUUCAAAUUCAAGGACUCCGCAUCGAAGGAGGAGGUUUCUGAGGUACGUUACCUACCUUUACUAUACAGUAAUCCCACAUUACCCCACCUCGCCUGCCUCUCCCUACCUAUUCAUACCCCUCUCCAUCCCCAACUCACCUCCCAACCAAUUCCUCUUUACAAACCGAAAAGGAGAAAACGAGAUAAGAAGCAAAAAGAGAACCAAAGAGAAUUUAAGAUUGGAGAUGGAGAUGGAUAUAUGCUAAUGGAAGAGAGAAAAAUAGGCAUGUAAAAACAUGAUCGCCCUAAGCAAGAAGUGCAUCCACCCCACCACAAACGCACCAUACAUCCUCUCGGCAUCAGGGGGAGAAAAUAACUCGAAUGAAGGAUUGAGUGUAUAACUCCCUUUUUCCUUUCCCCUUCCCUUCCCUUCCCUUCCCCGUUUCCCGAUCCCGUCAAGUGACACCCCCAAAAGGGGAAAAUUCCAAAAGUACGGAAAGACAGACUAAUAAACAAAUAGGGAGGGUUUACCCAUGGCUUUAUAUGUCAAUUCGCCAACAAGGAAGACCUGGAAUACUAUGCCAAAUCGGAUCCCGCUCAUUUGGCGUUUAUCAAGAGUGUUGGGUCGAUCGCUGAGAAGGCUCAAGUGAUUGAUUUUGAGGAUGGGAAGUAUUAGAGACAAUCAAAGGUCUUGGACAUCAAUAGCAUCGGGUAGGGAGUAGGUGCAUACUUGCUGCUCAAUACGUUUGUUGUAUAGAAGAGAAAAGUCCCUUUCAGUGACUCGAGAGAAAACUAGAGGAACAGUCUAUUAUGAGGAGAACUUGAAAAGUUCUUCCAUUCCAUUAUAAUCCGGACCGGAACCUCCCUCGUAUGACCAAUAUCGUAUAUGCAACCAAAGCAAAAUCAAUCUCUAUUUCGCUGAUGCUGGUUGGUAUCCAUCCGUGAUACCCAAACCCAAGUAGAAACGCCACCCAAUGCAACUCCCGCAGAUCCCAAAAAUUCAUAAAUCCAAUAUAUAGUAUCAUCAACGUCUAAUUUACACCAUGAAGGAUUCGCCGCAACCGCAUUCUUCCUCUAUAUUUCCAUUAGUAACGAACUUGAAUAAUUUCGUGAGACUGGAAAACUUACUUAUAUUAGGAUUCGUAAAGACGAAUUUCUGGUUUAGUUUAUCCUCCGUCCAAUCCAUCGUGCUGUCAAUGAUACUCAUCAAUGCGCCACUAUCAAUGACCACCUUCACACCAUCCUGCACAACCACCUCGUCGAAAGGACCAGCUUUGUCAACGUAUUCCAAGUGAUAGGCCAAGCCACUGCAUCCCUUAUUCUUAACGCUAACCUUUAUGAGUUUGGGAUUUGGUUGGUCGAGUAGUGUUCGUAGUUGUUCCACAGCGCCCGGGGUUAACUUCAUAGCUGCCUUUCUGGGCCGGAGGGUGUAUCCACGUCUUGUCUUGGUUGCUGGUAUCGCAGCUUCAGAUUCUUGUGUUCCCUGCUCCUUCAGUGUAGUCGCGGACUCGGGUACUUCUUGAGUAGUGGCAGCUUUUUGCUGCGCUACUGGUUGUGGUGGUGGGCGGAUGUCGUUGACUUGGGGUAUGCUUGGAGUUACCGAGCUGGGAAUUCCUCCCGUGAGAGGUGGCGGAGGUUGGCUACCGAGUGUAUGAGGUUGCCAUGCUGUACUCGUCUGCAUCUUUCGCUUCGAGGAGGCGUUGGUAGAUUGUGAGGAGGAGAAGGAGCGAAGGAGAUAUUGACACGGGCGCAAAGAUGAGCAUGUUGGCGACGGGGCGAAUCUGAAGACAGAGCCUGCGGAGGACGCCAGAGGCGAUAAUAUGCGUUGUACGGGCAUUUUGCAAAUUCAAGAGAGGUGGUAGAAUACAAUUAGGAAGUUUGGUGAGUACAGAGGAGGUAAAGUACAAGGUAGGAGACGUGGUAGGUAGAGGUGGGUUGUG